GCUUGGGGGAGUUAAUGUGUAAUAUAUGGGGUAUAAACUGGACCCUGAGAGGGGACCCUGAGCUGGGCGUCGGAGGAGCAGCCGCGGGGAGCAGCCGCCAUGCCGGGAACACUGGAGCUCACAAAUAUGGACAUGAAGCCAGGGACAACCCUGAAGCUCAAGGGGCGCAUCGCCAGCGAUGCGAGCAGCCGUUCUUUCAGCCUGUGGUCAACUGUGCCCCUCACCUGUGACCCCCCCCCCAGCUUCACCAUUAACCUGGGACAGGACAAGAACCAGCUGAAUCUGCAUUUUAACCCCCGCUUCGGCGAAUCUACCAUUGUCUGCAACUCAUUCAGUGGCGGUAGCUGGGGACCAGAGCAAAGGGACAGUAACUUGUGUUUCAGCCCAGGGUCAGAAGUCAAGAUCACUGUGACUUUCCAGAAGGAUGAGUUCAAGGUGACCUUACCAGAUGGGUACCAGCUGACCUUCCCCAACAGGCUGGGCCACGACCACGUGAGCUACCUGGGCCUGGACCAGCUUCACCUCUCCUCUUUCAAGCUGGACUGAGCAGCUGCAGCAGGUUGGAAUAAAAGCCCUGGACUUGGGACCCCAUUUGCAGCCUUUCUCAAAUCCCACGAGGGCCAGUGGCCCAGGGGUCCUGGGUAGAUUCCUCCAUUACCACCGCCCAUCAUUCCUUCUGGUACCCUCUCCUCCUGCCCCCCAGUCAAAACAAAACCAAAGAAUUCACUGUGCACCUUC